AUGGCGGCUUCCGACAGCGCUGCUUCAGCGGCUUCCGCCUUGCGCCGCUUUGCGGCCGAAGGCGAGGACUUUUGCAAGCUGGCGUUCAGCCAGCUGGGGCGUCGUCACCAACGGACGCUCAAGCGGGCGUGCAUCCACACAGAGACCCCGCCAGCGUCAGGUCACGAGGGCGGUUCGGGCCUCGCUGGGGCGAGCACUACGAGCACUUCCUUCCGCCUGGACCCGGCGGACAACUCCACAAACCAGGUUACCGCCUCUGACGGGGCGAACAUCAACAACCUGGACGUGGUCUCGGUCACCAACCCGCUGAUUUGGACGGCUGCUUCGCCCACAGCGAGCUUGGGCACCCAAGAUCCCAUUUGGCGGCCUUCCACGGGCGGCCUUACAUCCUUGGACGCCUAUCUGAUGUCCACGAACCUGGUGACACCGCCCAGGUUGUGGGCGACAACUGAGGGUGCUGGCGGCACUAUGUCCUCCACACCGCCUACGGCUCGACCCGGUUCUACGCCCACAGCGGCGUCCCGCGCGCAGAGCCCGAACCACAAGCAGCGCCCACUCCGGGCGGAGGCGGCGCAGCUCGGCAUGAGGUAUGACCAGUACCGCCGCCACAGCCCCUCAGUCCUCACAGGCGGCGUCACGCCUCCUCCUGCAGUGCGCCCCCUGGGCCCGCACAAGCGCCCAGACACCCGCCUCUCGGUGUAG